CUAUGAUGAUAUAUAGAGUAGACGACUUAUAGUUAAACCGCGCUGGGAAGUGGCCCAGAUUACUGAGACUUUACAGUAUCAACUUCUAAACCGAUAUCCUGUACGGACGCUAAGCGCUUAAGACUUUUUAAUACUUCCUGGGGAUUUUCGUGAAAACCGCGCAGUUUUGCGAUUGACACUGAUUUCUAAGAUCAUAACUCUAGCUCUCUGCCGACGAUUGAAGAUUUUUUAAGAAAUUAGGACUGUUUUGUUAGUUUAGCGGUGAGUGUAGUGCUAAGACUGUGAUAAAGACUUGUGAUUUUUGUUUAUAGACCUAUAGUGACAAGAUCAACGAGGGAGUAGAAAGCAAAAGAUUAUGGUAACCCAACCAAAUAACUAAGAAGCAUCUUAAGUUACUUAAAACGUCUACCACAUUACCAUGGAACGAUUAGAAAAUCUACAAGAUCCCAUGUGUCUUCAAGAUUUAGUAACAGGCGUAACAACGUCUUCCGCAAGUUCAGAUAUUCAUGGCCACCAUCUACACGACACGACCGUUUCCGUAAGCUCAGCUAUUUCCGGUAUCAUGAGCUGUACAUCUUCGUCGGUUCUAGGUCAUCACGUGACUUCUCAUGAUUCGCCUCAUCAUCCUGGAGUGGUCCCUCAUACUCCCUCUCUACACCAUGAGCCUCUGGAGAAGUUAAAACUUUGGGCAGAAACGGGGGACUUCCGAGACGCCCAUAAUGGAAUGUCCGGGUCGACGAUGGAUCAUCCCCAGUUGCCUUUUCCUGCUACCGUUAGGACCCGAACACGGGAGAGAAAAGGUAGCAGAUCAUUAUCAGACACAAUCAAAACGGAGUCUGGGGUAGGAGUUGAAUCAUCAGAGCCAGAUGAUGGCAAAAACGACAAAAAGAAUAAAAGACAAAGGCGGCAACGUACUCACUUUACUAGCCAACAAUUACAAGAAUUAGAAGCUACCUUUGCUAGAAAUCGGUAUCCAGAUAUGAGUACUAGAGAAGAAAUAGCAAUGUGGACGAAUUUAACGGAAGCUAGAGUUAGGGUAUGGUUUAAAAACCGCCGAGCAAAGUGGAGAAAGCGUGAACGAAAUGCCAUGAACGCAAUGAAUGCUGCAGCAGAAUUCAAAACUGGCUUUGGCACUCAAUUCAACGGUCUCAUGCCGACAAUCAGUGAUGAUAGCUUUUAUUCAUACUCAACGUACAAUAAUUGGGCUACAAAGGUGCCUAGUCCUUUAGGUGGUAAACCCUUUUGGCCGGUAGUACCUUCCAAUCACCACCAGAGUCCCGUAAAUUGCUUUAAUGCGGCCACUUCUGUCACGGGUGCAACGAUGAGUGGCGCAGUCAGUAGUAUGUUACCAGGUGCUAUGGGAACCGUGAUGACUUCAACAACACCGGGAGCGGUUUCAGCGCAACCCUGCCCAUAUACUACCCCAGCUAAUCCGUAUUCUAUGUAUCAUCACAGGAGCGCAGCUGAACCUUGCACAGCGAUGUCGUCUAGUAUAGCAUCAUUAAGGUUAAAGGCCAAACAGCACACGGGCUUUGUAGGGUAUUCUAGUGUAAGUCCAGUUCGAUCGUCUUCGACAGGAUUAUCUGCCUGUCAAUAUGCAGGUAGUGGAAUAGGCGUGGGAGAAAGACAUGGCUGAGAGCAGGAGGUGGCCCUCGUGGCCCAUCUAAAACACGAAGACCAAGACGACUAAAUGUUAUAAAGUUGAAGUUGAAGGGUGUUUAUUUGGGGUUACGAUAAAACCCAUCAAUUCCGUAACGUUUCUAGUAGUUUGUAGAGAUUGUAUUAUAUUUAUUAAUUAAUUUAACUACAUUAUCUACAAUAUUUUUUUCGGUCUUGGUCGAAUGUGUAAAUAUGUAAAUCAUUUAUAGAUACUUAAUGUCAAAUGUGAGAAAAGGUAAGAAAUUUUGAAAUCUUGAUAGACUUUUAAAUUAGCUUUUUUACAUUUUGUCUUUCCGUUUACCAGUAUUAUUAAUACUUUUAAGCCCAAUUUAUAACAUAUUACUACUUAAAUACAACAAUGGAAAAAUGAUUAUUUUAACAAAUAUACAUUUUUUUUAAUUUUCUUCCUAGAGAUGUGAUUUUUGUAGAAGGUUUGGCAUUUAUUCAUAAAAAUAUGCACUAAACCUAAGUAUAACUACACGUAAUCUUACUUCAGACCCAACCAUUUGGAACGGUAGGUAUAUAGUGUCAGCAAUAUACAGUUAUUUUGUUGUGUCCAAAUAGGCUUCAGUUUCGGCGAUUACUUCCUCAUCGGAGCGAUAUCUCUGGCCACAUAGCAUUUUUUAUAUCAAAAAAAAGUUGUAAUCGCUGGUCAGAUCUGGAGGACACGGUGGACGCGAAACAAUUCAAAGACUAAUUAUUCAUGCAUUUUUACCAUCACUUUUAUGAACUCAUGACACGGUGUAUUGUCUUGAUGAAACAACAGUUCUUUAAACCAAUAUAAUAGUCGGUGUUGAUUCUUUCUCCAUGUUUCAAAUAGGUAGUCAAUGAAAAUAAUUCCUUGCGGGUCCCAAAAUACAGAGGUCAUACCACCUUUGCGGUGGUUUAUUGCAUAUUUGGUCACUUUGGACGGCUUUUGGAAGUUAUGGAUCCAUGUUUUAUCCGUUGUAACAUAUCGAUGCAAAAACUCUGAUUACGCAUGUCCAAACAGCGUCGAAAUUCAUCAAUUCGUUGUUGGUUCUGCUCUGGUGUGAGAACUUUAUAGUGUCAGAUUUCAUCUAUCACUUGCACCUUGACUUGGUUUUCUAUAAUAAUUUUCAGCAUUUCUCCAUGUUUUCGAGAGUUGAUUUUCUUUUAAAUAUCUUCAGUAGUUCUAUUUAUAUUUUUUCCAAUCAUCUUUCCUUUCCGGGUCUUUUUGUCUUUUUAAGAAUAGUUCAUUCUUUAACGGUAAAAUAUUGCAAAACCUCUAAAUUUUAAAGAACCGCUUGGAUUGACAUGAAAUUUGGCAUACACACAGCUAACAAAUCAAAGAGAAAAAGUGAUAUUGUGCCGAUAUGUGCUUUUGCCCUGGGGGUGGUUUUCACCCCCUCUUGGAAGUGAAAAAAUAUUCGUCCAAAGAAAGUCAGGAAAUGGAUAAACUGGCUAAUUUUAAGUAACUUUUCUUCUAUAGAGUUUUUUCACAAAGUCAAUACUUUUCGAGUUAUUUGACAGUGAAUAUGUUCAUUUUUUCAACAAAAUAACCACGCUUUUAGACGGUUUUUCGUAAAUAACUCAAAUAGUAAGUAUUUUGUCGAAAAAAUAUUCUUAGCGAAAAUAUAGCCUGUAAAAAAUUUUAAAAAAUGGUGUAUAUGUUACGGUUAAACUUCGAAAAUGGUUAAUCUCGACAUUAACCGGUUAAUCUUGACUUUAACCGAAAUGUAAUGUUAAUGUCGUACGAAAUUCAGAUAUAUUGACAUUAACAGGUUAAUGUCGAGUUUAACUAUUCUCCUUGGUUAAUGUUGAAUAAUGCGUUAGAAAAUAAUACAACGUUGCCAAUUGUAUAAAAAUACCUGCUACAUAUUUAUUCAAACGUGACAAACUUCCGUGACACUUAGAGUUGCAUAAAAAAUAUUAGCUGCCUUACAGCAGCACUUUUUUGAACCACAUUUAGUUUUGCACGAGCAUCUUUUGUAUCCUUCCUUGACCACCACAUAGAGAUGAAGUCGCUGCAAUCUCACGAAGAGAUUUUUCAACAACUGAAACUUUUUCGGUAGCAAUAAGGGGAGCCGGACAUACACUGAAUUGAUUUCUUGUAAAUCACUGUGGUAAUGUGCCCUUUUCUGUCCCAAUAUUGUAAUACAUGUUAUCUUCAACUACUGUGGUAACAACGCCUAAUAUAUUCCUUGCAUCAGCUCGUCCUCUAUCAACAUCGGGGACAGGUAAUCUAACAGUAUCACCAAUUUUUGCAGCGGGUAAUAAUGUGUGCCGGUAAAAUAAAAAAAAGUGUUACUACUUCUAGUGUUAUAUUUUUGAAUUUAUCAUUUAAAAAAUUUAACAUUCUUGUUCUUCCUUCAUGGUCAAUACUUAAAUGUACUUCAUAAAGAAUAUCAAAUAAUUCCUCUUUUUUUACAUAAUAUAAAAAUGUCUCCUUACCUUCUUGCAAAGGAGCAAUAAGUUUGAAAUGAUUUGCCACGUUCACUACAUCGUAUUUGGCCAAACGUCGAUAUGACAACGCUGUUUUCUUAGCUUGUCGUUUUGCUUCUUUCACUUGAUUACAAAUUAAAUCAUAUUUUUCACGAGAUAAAUAAGCACUGUUGUCAUCCCUUUUUGUGUAAAUAAUUUUAUCCAGAUUCUCGUAGAACCGGUCUUUAAAUUCAUUGAACAUAUUGAAUACUUAAAUUUUCACUUUCAAAUAACUAUACUUCUUGCACGAAUGCCACUUGAUUACACAACAAAACCAUGUGGACUUUAACAAGGCACAUGUGUUAAUGUCGAGAUUAGCCGGUUAAUGUCCGAUUGAAGGCUGAAGAUCGUUUAGCUUCGGACAUUAACCAACUAGACUGGUGAAUCUCAAUAUUAACUGGGUAAUAUUGAGAUUAACCUGAUUUCGGACGUUAACCGUAACAUAUAUAUCACGUCUCUACACCUAGUAGAAGCAGAGUUAUAGCUAAUGAAAAAUAGGUUCAUAUUCGUCAAAUUCCAAAUGGAAUUCUUUAACGUGAAAUAACCAAAAAUUAAGCAGAUUUCGGGGAAAAUUCAUUACAACUUAUUUAAAGUGUUUAAAAAAAGCUUCAUUUUUGUUUUAUAAAAAAAAUUUCUAACAUUAAAAUUAAACAAGUUACGCUCAAAAUAAAGUUAGUCCCUUUUGGUUUUGGUAAAAAAAUCGAGAAAAUCACCCCCUAAUUAGUAUCUUAAAUGAACUUUCGUUACGACUUCACAAGUUUCUUGACUCGUGUAUAUAUUGUUUAUACGAUCUGUAAGUCUCAUCGGCUCAAAGUCCUUAUUAUUGAAAGGGCUGUAGUUAAAAGGGGUUCAACGAGUUACUGAUCACGAAUGUAUGAACAUUUAGAAACACCAAAUCUUAAUCAAUUUUUGUCUAACAGAAAAACAAAAAAUACAUGAUAUUCAGAAAAGCAAAUCUGACUUUUUUUGUUUUUCGAGAUUUUUGGUAUCUCUUACAAUUUUUAAGUUAUUUUGAAAAAAAGCGUAUUUUUCAAAAUUUAAAUUUUAAAAAAUUUUAAUUUGAAACAAAUUUUUUUCAAAAAUAAGCACUUUGAAUCGAUGAAACUUACAGAUCAUACAAACACAACAUAAGUAAAAUAAUUUGUGGAGCGGUAACGAUUAAUUUCAUUUAAGUUGCUAAUUAGAGGGUGGUCUUCCCGAUUUUUUUUUUGCAAAAACAAAAGGGACCAGCUUUAUUUUGAGCGUAUAUUGCUUAAAUUUAAUGCUAGAAACUUUUUGUAAAAACAGGAAUAAAUCUUUUUUAAACACUUUAAAAAAGUUAUAUUGGGUUUUCCCCAAAAAGUGCUUAAUUUAUUGGAUAUUCCACGUCGAAAUAUUCUGUUUAAAAUUUGGUGAAUAUGAAUCUAUUUUUCAUUGGCUAUAACUCUGGUUCUACGAGAUCCAGAGACCUAACGCGUACACCAUUUUUUUUUUUACUUUUUUAUAUUCAAUAUUUUUGCUAAGAACGUUUUUUUCGACAAAAUACUUACUUUUUGAGUUAUUUGCGAAAAAUCGUCUAAAAAUGUGGUUAUUUUGUUGAAAAAUGAACUUAUUCACCCGCAAAUAACUCGAAAAGUGUUGACUUGGCGAAAAAGCUCUAUAGAACAAAAGUUACUUAAAAUUAGUCAGUUUACCCAUUUCCGGACUUAUUUUGGACAUAUAUUUUUUCACCCACAAUAGGGGGUGAAAGUCACCCCCAGGGCAAAAGCACACAUCGGCACAAUAUCACUUUUUUUCUUUGACGUGUAAGCUAUAGGUAUGCGAAAUUUCAUGUCAAUCCAAGCGGUUCUUUAAAAUUUAGAGCAAAAACCGUGAAAGAAUGGACUAGAAUGUCUGAACAUUUCUGCGAUUCUGCAUCGUUUUUCUUCAUAUAUCUGUUCUACUGUUUCCCCUUUAUCCGUAUACCAGUAACAAUAAAAUGAAGGCGAUAAGUAGCUAUUUUUAAACAUAAUUUAAAAAUAAACUGCAACGUUUUGUUUUUCAUCUGAAUCUGAUAAAAUACGCAACAACAUUCUUAAUGAAACGUCACAAAUUUAAUGUAGUCACAUUUUCCCGAAAAACAAUUGUUGUCUAGUAUCAAUAUUGUUGUGCAAAUCAAUCAUUCUUGAAAGUGAUGUCGGCAAAGUAAUGUCAAAGUUUUACCUUAAAAGUUAUCUACUCAAGAUUACAAAUAUUUCUUAUCAAAAAAUAUUAAAUGAUAAUCUAUUCAAGAGGAUGAUUAUUUUUAGGUCUUUGUUGUAUUAUUUAAGGAUAAUUUUCAAUUAAAGGCCAAUUUAAUGUUUUUUGGCUGAAUUAGAAAACAUUUUCAUAAAUAAAUAAAAAUUUUGAUCCAAGUAGGAUCAUCCUCUCCGAUGAGAACUUCAUCAAACCUCUUCAUAUCAGUUGGUACCAAACAUUUUGAUUUAAUGAUUUAAUCAUUUAUGUAGUUACUUACGUCAGAUUUUUGCACCAUAAUUUAAAAGCUCAGAAGUAAUGCAGUUUGCCCCAGAAGCUUUGUUUUAUUGUAAUUUUUUAUUCCUUUGAUGACUUAUUCCUUUGUUGAUAUGUUAUCUUUCCCUUUUUCGUCUUUUAUGCUUUCUAGGUCUUUAGGUUUGAAUUCCUUUCUGUUCUGGUUAACCCUCUUGUAGAAUUUUCGCCCUUCCAUUUAUGUUAUAUUCCUCUAGCUCUUUCAGAGGAUGGUUUGUGACAACUAAGUACAGAGAAAUAGAGCUAGUAAAACAGUAUUGCUACCUGGGAACUAUUAUAAAUGAGCAGUGGAGCAAUGUACAGGAAAUAAAGUGCCGCAUAGGAAAAACUAGAACGAUCUUUAACAAAAUGAGCGCCAUCUUCAAAGGCCACAACAUAUCCCUAGAUACAAAAUGAGACAUUUGAGAUGUUAUGUUUUCCUUGCAUUAUUGUACGGAGCUGAGGCAUGGACGCUUACAGACACCACUAUUAAAAAACUUAAAACAUUUGAGAUGUGGCUUUAUAGAAGAAUGCUGAGAAUAUCGUGGGCAGCAAGGAUCACGAACAAGGAAGUUCUAAGAAGAAUAAAGAAGGAACCAGAGAUUGUGUUUACAAUCAAACGUAUAAAAAUGCAAUAUCUGAAACACGUUAUGAGAAAUCAGCACCGUUGCUUCAGAUCCAGACCUGCCUUCCUACAACUCUCAACGACACUAUCAAGUAGUGUUUGCAGAUCUUCUUGACUAGAAGCUAGGAGUACUGUAUAGUCCGCAUACCUCAAAUUAUUGAUGACUUCACCGUUCACAAGUAUUCCUUCUUGUUUUUCAGAAAGUGCUUUUCUGAAAAUUCUUUCGGAGUAAACGUUGAAAAUCAGGGGUGUCAAGAUGCAUCCCUGCCGUACUCCUCUUUUAACAUUAAGAGCCUGUGAUUCCACACCAUCUACUAAAACUGAUGUUGUUUGAUUCCAAUAUAAAAUUGCAAUUAUUUGAACAUCUCUGCCGUCCAAGCCAAUGUUUUUUAGAGCUUCGAUCAAUAUAGAGUACUUAACACAAUAAAAUGCCUUUUGUAAGUCAAUAAAACAACAGUAUAUGUCUACAGAUAUAUCUCGACAUCUUUGAGCAAGUACGUUUAUUCCAAACAGUGUCUCUCUCGUUCCAAACCCGUUACUGAGACCAAACUGUGUGUCAACCAGGUAUUCCUCGCAUUUUUAAUAGAUACGACCAUGUAUUACCUUCAGAAAAAAUUUCAAUAAAUGGUUUAACAAAUUGAUAUUUCUAUAAUCAGCACAGGUUUUUACUGUUGUCUUCUUAGGUAGAGCUACAGUCGGAAAAAUUAAAGAAUACGCAUGAACGAUCACAUCAAUCACUUAUUUUGAAUUUGCUGUCUUUUUCUAAAAAUAACAAACGUUUGUUAUAGAAAAAGACAGCAAAUAUAAAAUAAGUUAUUGAUGUGGUCGUUCAUGGGUAUUCUUUCAUUUUUCCGACUGUGUAAACAGUGAAUUAGACCAACCAUUAGGUAGUUGUCCGCUGGUAUAAAUGGUAUUGAAAAACGAAGUUAUAGCCUCUAAAACAUUGCUAUCAUUUAUAAGCUUGUGUAUUUCAGUUGGAAUUUCAUCAGGACCAGUCGCUCUGCCAUCUUUUAAUGAUUGUAUGGCUUUUAUUACCUCAGAGCGUGUUAUUAGGGUUCAGUUGCAGUUAGUAAUAUCGGAAGGUGAACUACUCCUAUCGCAAUAGUGGCUUGAGCAAUCAUAUGUAACCUUUUUCAUUGCCUGGCGGUUGGAACGUUCGGUGUAAUGUGAAAGUUCCACCAAUGGAAUGUCAUCUAAUGUCUUAGUGUGUGAAAGAAGCUUUAUAGUAUCUCAUAUUCAGUUACAUAAUCGUUCAUAUACAAUCAUAUACACAAACCUUUAAACCAGAUUAUUGAACACAAUGAUUAAGUUUGUUCUGUAAAUCAUCCAAAAAAAGUAUACAAUCGUUAAAGAAAAAUAGUUUUUAUUGUUUUGUUUAUGAAAAUGAUCUCUAAAAUACGCCCAAACCCGAAAUAUAUAUCAGAACCUCUUAAAAUACGACAUCGUACUAUAGUAUAUAGUUCACUUAGAAUUAUUUUUUAAUUUACGUUAUUUUUCAUAUUUUUAGAGUAAUUUGCUCAAAUAUUUUUUAAAGUUAAUGCCAAAAGUUUAUAUUUCUUUAUAGGUAAAAAAAAUAUGAAUUUCGCUCAAAGUACCUUUAUUUUCACAAUAUCGUGAGUUGUUAUUAUGAACAUUUGUUUGAAAUAAAGAACUACUUUCUAAUUUGCAAUUAAAUCCUUCUAAUUGAAAAAAAUUGCAAGUUUUUCUCAAAUUACCGGUACCUACCUACCGAACAUAAUUUUUAUUUAUUACAAAUAUAACUCUUUUAUAACCGUUCCUAUAGAAAAGACAUUAUUAACUCUUCAGUUUUCAUUAGAUUUUUAAUUUAUUUUGUUUUGCGAAAAUUUGUUUAUCAUUUUUUUAAAAUGGAUUUUUAUCGGAAAAGAGAAGUUGUCAUAUUUGUAAUAGGCAAAUAAAAAUUAUUGGCUGUCGGUAAUUUGAGAAAAAUUUGCAAUUUUUUUUUUCAAUUAGGAUGUAAUUGCACUUAAAUUCCAAACAACUUUUCUUAAUAACAAUUUUCGAUAUUGUGAAAUAUAAAGGUACUUUACUCCUGAGAGAAAUUAUUUUUUAAUAUACCUCGUAUACGAUUAUUAAUACCUGAUGCAUCUUAUACCAUACGGAGCUGUCUAUGAAGAAAAAUGUUUUAUCGUUAAAUAUCGCUUGUUUUCCUAUUCUUAAACCUUGUCGCCAUCCAUCCAUUUCCUGUCAAUCUCCGUCCUGUUAGUCUCGACUUUCCAUUGUCUUAUCUACUUCAUCCCUUCACGACCUCCUAGGUCUGCACCUUUUUCCCCUUCUUUCUCCAAUUUUGUGUUUUUUCUUCUAGUACAUUUUAUCUAUUUUUGUAACUCUACAACUCAUUCUCGAAUAUUCCAUUUCGGUGGUCAAAACUUUAUUUUUGACCAUACCUAAUACAUAAUGCUACGUUCUUGUUCUUGUUUAGCCAAUCGACUUAUGUAUGUCUCCAAAUCUUCUCUUUUUAUGGUUAGAUAUUUUUAAUAUAGUAUUUUUUCUUUUUUCUGCAUUACAUGGACUCUGUUGUUAAAUCGAUUUUAUAUUGGUCCGUUUUUCUUUCUCUUCACGUAAUGCUUCUAGGUUUGCCGAUUUAAUGCAGAUUUUUACAUGUUCGUAUGUUUUUGUUUCUUCUAGUUUUGGAUCAAGACAAAAGGUACCAGAAACAAAUAUAGAAAACGCAGAAAGAAAUAAAUUUAAAAUACACCAGUUGCAUGAGGAUUCCGAUUCCCUAAAAAACCUAUAUCUGUACUUCAAUAGUUGUUUUUAUUUUCUGCCAACCAAUAGAGGCGGUGCUUGCUUACAUACUCGUGUCCAAUCAGUAAUGUUAAAAAUGUGUACGAACAUGGUCUAACUUUCUUAAAAUUGGUGAUCUCCCUACCACUAUCUGAUGGAAUCCUUCUUUUUCUUAAAGUUCCAUCUCCUAUCGGAGGCUGGAUAGCAUAAUGGCUAUGGUCACCUUGUUGGCUGCUGCUCUGAAUAGUUGUAAUGAACUAUAGUUAAACCAUUCUCUAAGGUUCCUCAGCCAGGAGAUGCGUCUUCUUCCUAUGCUUCUUCUUCCUUGGAUCUUUCAUUGCGUAAUAAUUCUCAGCAACUCAUAUUUUUCUCCUCUGGUUAUGUGACCCAAAUAUUCCAGUUUUCUUGUUUUUAUACUGUUCAUAAUAUCUAACACUUUAUUUAAACGUCGUUGUACUUCAACAUUGGUAAUCCUUUGAACCCACUGACUUUUCAAUAUUCUUCUGUAACACCACAUUUCGAACGCUUCUAUUUUUCUCAUGUGUUGUCUCUUUAAUGUCCAAGCUUCCAUUCCGUAUAGUAAUAUAUAAAAUAUGUAGCAUCUUAGAGCCCUCAAUCUGAGGCAAUCGAAGCACUUUGUUUGAGGGUAAAUGCAAACAUUUCAUAUAUUGACCAAAUCACAAAUUUUUUAUAAAAAGCACCUAUAAAAUUUUCGGAACUUCUAGCUAGGUCAUAUGUCAUAUUUAUAUGUCGUUUUUGAAGGUGUUAAAAAAAUAAACAACAUGGUUAAGGUGAUAUAAAGACACACUUAGGACUGACUAUAUAACGUAUAUAAAAAUGGGUUAGUUCAAUAGACAAAAAUCUACAAAAUAAAUUAUUGUACAAUAAACUUUUUGCAUUACCUUGACCUAGUACAAAUAGAUAAAUUACCAUUGUUAUCGUGCCAAAUAUUUUCGGAUUUAUCCAAAGAUUUUAUUUUUAAUUGUUUUAUUAGGUUUUUUGUUAUAUAGAAUGGUGUCAUUAUAUUUAAUUUAUCUAAACAUACAAAAAAAGGAAUCCAUGUAAGAAGCAUCAUACAAAUUUCAUACAUAAGGCCAAUCAUCUAAAUUUUAAGUCCAGAAAUGUUCUAGUAGAAAUACCAAUGCUUAAUGUGUAGGCAUUCAUGGUUAUGUAAUUUUAUUCUUUAACCCAUUAUGAACGCCCGGCACGGCACAGCACAGGCCUGCACGUCCAAAAACCCAUUUGCAACGGCCGCGGCCGGCACGGCACGGCACCGGAAAAAUGAUCAUUUGCCAUGGAGACCUCGUCGGAAGAAAAGGUUAUAAUAGUAAGUGAAAUUUGUGCUGAGAUUGAAACAGACGAAAAUGCAAAAUUACGACGGAAACAUCGGUUUUGGGUUCACGGAAUAUUAAAAAAGAAGAGAAUAUGGCGAUUUUCAUCAUCUUUUCCCGCAUAAAGAUGAUCCAAAAUUUCCCAAAUAUUUUCGAAUGUCUCAAACCAAAUUUUAUAUUUCCAUAUUUCAAAACAAACAACGCGCUUUCAAUUAAAAAAUCAAUAAUAUAUCUGCUUACUACCAACAAUUAUCACGCACUUGCGCCGACUGGCCGUUCGACUUCAACGGAUUUUAUUCUCCUCGGAGAAUUUUGGCCGUUCCGUUUGCGUUGGACUGUGCCGGGCCGAGCUGGCCGCUCAUAAUGGGUUACGUUGCAUUUAAAACUAUACAAAUGAAUUUGGACUGUCCUGUGCCGUGCCGGGCGUUUAUAAUGGGUUUCCUGCUUAAGCGUUCUUUCUCUUCCCUGCUUACCCCCCAGAUGGAGCAUAGUGGUCAUCUUGAUGUCAUGAAUUGUCCGUCUCCAGAGAUCUCUAUCUCUGAUCAUUUCUUUUGACUAAUGAAUAAGUCUUUGGCACAUUCCUGAAAUUUGAUAGAUCCAUCUUGUUGGUGAUCUUUCUCGUGACCUUCGGACUUUUACCUUUCCUUGAACAAUACGUCGCUCCAUGUUUUCUUCGCCUUUGUAUUUUCCUCUACAUCAUCACCUGCAGCAGUUCACAGCGCUUGUUGUUUUGUUAUAUUGUUUUUCCUUCUUUUCAAUGCCAUGUUGUUUGUAACUCUGCCGAACCAACUAAUUAUAAAUAUUUUUUGUAAGAUCACAUUUAUAAAGCCCCCAAUUUGUUUCUUUAUAGUCCAUGCCUCCACUCCAUAUAACAACACAGAGAACUCAUAACACCUCAAAAAUCAACUCUUAAUAUGAUCGACAAAUAUCUGUUACAUAAGACAUUUUUCAUUUUGGUAAAUGCGUAUCUUGCUUUUCCAAUAAUUCUUGGUUUUAUUUCUUCAGUAUAGUCGAUGUUGACAUUAAAAAUAAACUCUUUAUUCUUUAUAAAAACACUUUAUAAAAAUGUUUGCCUUUCUUUUAAGUUUGUAUGAUGCUAUAUUACUAUAUUUUAAAAAAUAUCAAAUAUUUUAAAUAAAUCUUGUAGCAUUUCGUGAGAAUACAUGUUUAAAUACAUAGAGUAUUCUUAGCACCAUAAUAAUAAUAAUAAUAAUAAAUCUUUUUUUUUUUUCAUGUUGUAACUGUAACCAUGUACCACUCGAAGAUCUACUACAAUAUGUGUUUUUAUUUUAUGUAAACCAUAGAGAAGUUGAUCUACAGAAAAUAGAUUAGCAAAGUUAUUGAUUACUACGGUGACUGUAUUUUUACUACGAUCUUGUUUAACUCUGAGCAAAAUAUAACAAUCGUUACUAUUUAAAAACCUUGGGCUCACACUUAAAAAAAUGUAUUACCAUCCCUCAUGAGACUUUUUUUAUUCAGUUAUUCAUGUCGAGUCAAACAACUUUUCUAUUUCGGAAAAUUUUCGGGAUAGGACGUUUUAUAAAUAUACAGGUUUCUAAACUUUGGUGCGUCCGACAACUGGAGUAGGGGAGACCGGGGCUAGUUGUCACAGUUUUUGGUUCAGGCUCUGUAACUCAGACACUUUUUAUUUUUUUUUUUCAACAAAACUUUGUCUGGAUAAUUAGUUGGAUGAAAAAACUUUGUUUGGAUAAUUUUAGAUACCAGCGGUUAAAUUGGUAUGAAGGUUUAACCUUCGACAGGAUUUGUGUGACAACAUGCCCCUACAUGGGGCAUGUUGUCACAGUGCCUGGGGCAAAUUGUCACAGUAUUAUAAAAAUAAAGUAAAUGAAAAAUAAAACGUUUUUAUUGAAAGAAGAACGUACAAAUUUACAAAGAACUACAUAUCGUCUUCCGAGUCACAAUUGUGACACACGCAUAAAAUGGAUUUCCAUUGGUGUAGUCUGUUAUGUGCACAUUAUUUGAAUGCUGAACAUUGGGUCCAACUUUCAAUCUUCUUCCUCAAGUGCCAUCUCCGCGACGGAGGCCGGCAAUCAUUUGAUGUCCUACCAUUCUUUCAGGUUGCGCAGCCACGAUAUUCUUCGUCUUCCCAUACUUCUUUUUCCUUGAAUCCUUCCCUGCAUAAUCAAUUGGAACAAGUUGUAUCUUUCUCCAUGGGUAAUAUGUCCAAGAUAUUCUAAUUUUCUUGUUUUGAUGGUAUUUAAGAUUUCCAUUUCUUUAUUCAUCUUUCUCAGAACCUUUUUGUUUGUGACGUGUUCUGCCCACGAUAUUUUCAGAAUUCUUCUGUGCACCCACAGCUCGAAUGAUUCUAGUUUUUUCAUUGAUGCCGCAUUUAAGGUCCAAGCUUCCAUUCCAUAAAAGAGAGUCAAGAAAAAGUUGCACCUGCCUACUACCUAGCCAACUUUCAAUAGAAGCAAAAUAAAGUUCUCCGCAAACAAGGCAUAUACAGUCCUCUUCGUCCAAUGGAAUGUCUUCUUUUUUUUGCCUUACGUUUUUUUGGAAAGAAGACAGAUUCGUUUUAACGCUUUUCUUUUCUUGUAUAUUUUUUUUUAUUCUGCCUAGACUAUUUCUCCUGCACAAUUUCAGAUGGAGUAGAUAUCUGUUGUUAAAGAUUGCAAUGGGCCGGACAUGUGAUAAGAAUGGGAGAGGAUAGGCUACCAAAACGAGCACUGAAUGCUAGAAUGCAAGGAAAGAGACCGGUUGGGAAGCCACGAAAGCGCUGGGAAGACACAGUAAACAGCGACGCACAAGCCUUUUUAGGAGUCCGUGUAUGGAGAAGAGCAGCCACAGACAGGCAAGGGUGGAGGCAAAAAAUAAAGGAGGCCAAGGCUCAAUUUGGGCUGUAGUGCCGUAGAAGAAGAGAAGAAGAUAUCUGUUGUUAUUAUUGCUGAUUUGCGUUUUUUACGUUGAAUGCGGUUGGUCCUGUUUGCAGCUUUUGGGUAAGGACGAACCAUUUCUAGUAAUCCUAUAACUAGAUAUCUAUAGAAGAAUCAUUUAAUCCUGUAGGUAUUAAAUCACUAUUUCACAAAUACGUUUACCUACAUUUGACAAAUUCAUUAAUAUGAUUUACCCUGUAUUCUGUAGCAAUCUAAUUUGAUUUUAAUUCGGUCUAAAAUCAUUUCAACAGAUCUAAAUGCUGCGGGGCAAGUUGUCACAGUGACAUCUUGCCCCGUAUAAUUUGUGACAACUAGCCCCACAUGACCUUCCGUAACUGAAUGUCAAAUCAAAAAUAUUCAAAUGAAUAAAUAUAUCAAAAUAUACCUACAUAUGUAGUCUAUAAGAUGGACAGUACCCUUUAAAAUAUAUGUUUCUUACUUUGCUUUCACAAAUUCACUCAGAGCACGAGAUGAUUGAAGAUAAAAUUUUUUACAUGAGAAGCCUCAAAACACAUUUACAUGAAUAAGAGAAAUGAUUACUGGCCGAUCUCCGCAAUAUUUUGUGUGGAAGUGGUGGUGAGUAAAACAUUUCGUAUGUAGAUGACGCAGCGUGUUAACUUCACAAAUAAGGUAAAAAUCGGCAUUGUGACAACUUACCCCUGUGACAACUAGCCCCGGUCUUCCCUACCCUUAAAAAUUUGUCGGACAAUAUUAUGUAUCAGUAAAUUGUAAGUAUUUUUAUCAAACAAUCCUGCAAAAAAAUAAUUUAUGACUCCAUAGUGGCUCCCCAUAUGGGGGGCGCACGCCUCAUCAAGAGUCAUAAAAUGUAUACCCUCACAGCUGAAUUUUGCAGGAUUGUUUGAUAAAAAUAUUUAAAAUUAAUGGGUAAUAUUAUCCGACAAAUUUUUAAGUGUACCCUAGUUCUCGGACGCACCAAAGUUUAGAAACCUGUAUAGUCCAGAAAGCCACUGCGCAUCCGCUAUGAAAAAUAUUCUGAUUCGGAUUUUUUGCACAAUCUUACUCAAAAAGGACUCCUUUUAACAAAUUUGCAUGUUGCCAGGACCAAAAGGUGGUCAAAAAUUUUUUAAACGUUUUUUUGUUUUUUUUUCUAAAAUUAUUUUUUUUGCAUGGAAAAAGUUUUUUUGGGUUUUUUAAUCAUUCCAAACAGAAAAGGUCUUUAGUGACUUUUCUCUAAAAAUGAUAGUUUUUGACAUAUAAGCGAUUAAAAAUUGAAAAAUUGGCCAUUUUUAACCCUCAAAAACUAUGUGAAAAACUGAAAAUUUAAAUAUUACCAAGGUAGGUAGAUAUUCUUUAAACAUCGAUUGAUGAAAUUCCGAAGAGUUUUUUGCAAUACAGUAUUCAAAACUCAUUUUUUUUUAAUUUCUAAUCUAGCGUGCGCGACACUAUUUUCCACCGACAUGCGACAGUAUGAUGCAAAUGAAAGGAAUAAAUUCGUUAUUUCGUAAACCGGCGACUAUAAGGAAAAAUCCCGAAACAGGUCGAUUUUUAUUUUUUUGAAGUUAUGAUAUUGUGGCAUAUAUGGUAUACUAGUGACGUCAUCCAUCUAGACGUGAUGACGUAAUCGAUGAUUUUUUUAAAUGAGAAUAGGGGUCGUGUGCUAGUUUAUUUGAAAGGUUUUUCAAUUCUCUAUUCAUUAAUAUAAACAAUUACAUAAUUACUUAUACAGGGUGUCCAAAAAAUUUUUAUUAAAUUAAAUUAUUUGACAAAAAAAGGAGUAGAAGGAUUAGAUUUAUUUGACAAAAAAAAAACAAAAAAAAACGUUUAAAAAAUUUUUGACCACCUUCUGGUCCUGGCAACAUGCAAAUUUGUUAAAAGGGGUCCUUUUUGAGUAAGAUUGUGCAAAAAAACCUAAUCAGAAUAUUUUUCCUAGCAGAUGCGCAGUGGCUUUCUGGGCUAGUAUAUUUACGAAACGUCCUAUCCCGAAAAUUUUCCGAAAUAGAAAAGUUGUCCGACUCGACAUGAAUAACUGAUUAAAAAAAGCCUCAUGAGUAAGCUAAUAUUUUUUUAAGUGUGGGCCUAAGACCUAUUACGCUUAGUAUGAUAUUCGGUUAAAUAUAAUUAAAUAAAUGUGUCACGAAAUUCAACAAUUUGUGAUACUUUACAGUACAGAAGUUAAUUUUUUAUAUCUUUUUGGUUCAUUAAGAUGAGAUUCUUUUAAUUCAGUUUUUUAAACGUUUAUUCAGCAAUCUGUUAGUUAUAAAAAAUUCUAACAAUAAGCGUCUUUGCGGUUUGAAGUUCAAUAACUGAAACUUCAAUUCAGUUUUUGGCGGAGAUUUUUUAAUUUAGUUUUUGGCGGAUGUAUAAUUACUACGCUUGAUUUGGAAUUAAGUUCAAUUCAUUUUAGUUUACUAUUUGACUUGACCCCUUCAGUUUAUAUUCUUCAUCAUUGAUCACAUUUUGUCAUAUCCACUUCGUUAGUUCUCUAAAUUCUGAUUUUGUUAGUUAAUACUUUCUUUUUAGUUGAUCUUCUUAUCUUUGGACUUGCCCAAUUCAAUUUUACAUUUGAACCUAUAUAUAUAUAUAUAUAUAUAUAUAUAUAUAUAUAUAUAUAUAUAUAUAUACGUAUAUCUUUUCUGUUCAUUUGAGUUCUGUUCACGCCUAAAUUAUCUUUCUGGAAUUUUCCUUUUCAUAAAAUUAAAUUCAUAUCUAAUGUUCAGCAAAGUUUUUAGUACUAACCUCUUUUUAUUCAGCUGCUUAGUCCAUAAAAUGUGUAGUCACCGCUUUGUAUAUUUUGAAUUUGUUAAAUAGAUGAGUAAAAAUUGUCACAUUGUCUCCAUAUACUUUAGUAUAACGAAGCAUUGCUAAUCUAUAAUAACCAAUAUUAGAUAACAUGUCUUUAGACAAGUUUUUAUGUAAAAUUUUUAACAAACAAAAACCUCAUUUAUUAUUAUUUGUUGAAUCAUUCCUUUGGAACCGUAUAUAGUCCUGGAUCCCGCGUAACAAAAAAAAGUUUAUUUACAGCAAGCUGAAAAUUUGUUAAUAAUUUAACGGUGUCCAGUCGGACAAACUUUGAUGUCUGGGAACACUGGAAGAGGGGAAGUUUUAAUUGUGGAACAGGUUACAGGUUUCGAAGGUCAAACUACGAAAACGUCGCAUGUAUUUUGUCGGACAGAACUUCCAAUUGAUUUGUUACCCUUUCAUUAUACUCUCAUGUAAAAAUCAGACUGCUAUUUACCACCAACAUAAUUCCUUUCAUUUGACAUAUUCUACGUGUCGGACUUAUUAAAUUGCCUAACAUCAGUGGCGGCUCGCGACCUCAGUAUGCGGGUAGGCUACACAUAUACUUCGGGUAGGCGACAAAAAAUAUCCUACAAUUUGUAAUACAUUUUGAGCCGUCUUGCAAUACUAAAUGUAAUCUAUGAGCGCAACAAUGUGUAAAAAUUGCUUUUGGAGCAUCUACUUUAAUUUUUGAUUGUAAUCCGUUUAAAGAGCCAGCCAUUGCACUUGCACCAUCGUAAAAUUGAGCAAUUAAUUUAUUUUUGUAAUCAUAUGGCUCAAGCACGUUUGAAAUUAAACUACAUAGAGCGUCUGCAGAUCUAUUCUCGCUAACAUCAAAAAACCCUAAAAAUCUUUCUGUUACCUGACAAACUUUGUUAACCCGGCACCUGCCACGUGGCUUUGCAAGGCAUCAACUGCCACGUGGGGUGCUCACAGCACCCCUUAAAAAUUUUCUGUGAUCUACUUGUUUAUAAACAAAAUAAUGUGUUGAGUUACACAAGAAUAUAAAAAAAACAUGUUUUAUUAACUUAUUAGCUACUAAUAUAUUAUAAAAGUUAAAAAAUAAAAUUAAAAAGGUGUUAUAAGCAAAUUAGCAAGUACCAACCCAUAAUAAAUUAAGUGAUGUAAAAUAUCUAAGAAAAUUAAAAUUUAUUGAGUAUAGAGAAUAUAUUAAUAAUUUAGAUCAGUUAUUACAAUAAAAAAAUGUAAAUUUGACCUGUUUAUCAAAAACAUAAAACAAUUUUACUGCCAGAUGAUGACACCCCAAUUCGAAUUUAGAGCUACAAUUUCAGAUGACACUAAAUAACCACUUCAAACACAAACAGAUCUAUGCUAUAUAAUAUUAUUGAAAGCUACUAUGACGCACAGGACGGUUAACAAAUUUGAAAUACCAAAUAUUUGAUGAAAAUGUGUUAUGGGGUGCUGGUAGCACCCCACGUGGCAGGUGCCGGGUUAACAAAACGGAUUGUUAAAGUACACUGUGAUUUUUCGGUUAUAUCAGUAGUAUCGUCCGCUAGUAUAGAAAAAAAUUGACUUUCAUUAAUUUCUUUUGAAAUUUCAUUUUUUACGUAAUCGGCAAGACAAUAUAUUAAAUAAUUUUGUAUUGUUUUUGACAAACCCGUGAACACCCCUUCUAUUUUUUAACAUGAUCCUGGAUUUCCUGAUCGCGUUUAACUACUAAAUUAAAAAUGUCUUUAAAAUUACCCAUGUUUGAAGAAUUAUGGCUCUCAUCAUGACCGCGAAAUGCAAGUUCUUGUUUUACUAACAGAAUUGUAACAUCAAUUUCUUCAACUUAUUCAAUCUUUUUCAACUUCUUCAUUAUAUAUCUUAUUAGAUAGAGAAAUUUGUCCAGCUAAAGCAUUGUCAAUAGUUUAUUUAUUUUUUUCUAACCGUUUUAAACCUAAGUAAUUGUUUAAAUGUUCUUUCGAAGAUUCAUGUUUUUUUACACUAGCUGAUAAAUUUUUCAAAUGAUAAAUUUUUCAAAUCUGAAUAUCCCUGACUCACCCAAACAUUUUGCUUCAAAUUUGAGAGCAACAGACAAGGCCAACAGAAAAGUGAAUUUUUAAAAUAGCUUCCGCUUAGCCAUUUAUGAUUUUCAUACCAUAUUGUUUUAAACGAUCUCGAAAAUGGUCAAUUGUCUUUUGUCUUAUCUGUGGAUAAAAUUGUUAAAUUUGGUAAAGGCCGGCCCAUUGAAAUAAUUUCUGAUCUUUCUUGAUUUUGGCGCCUUGAAAAAGGCGUCUCGAUCAAACUGCAUAUUACAUCGUUUAAAAUAUUCAUAUUCGAUGACUAAAGUUUUUCCACCAAUAAAACUAACACACCUACGUUUCAACAACGUCAAAUAUUACUUAUUUUAUUUAUGUAUCAAAUAAUAAUUUACUCUUCGAAUAAAUUGAUAAGUUAACAAUUAACCUCGCUUUAAGUUUUUAAUUAUCUAUAUAAUCUAAUAACACAAUUCGUCAGUUUAACUUUAAAUUAUCCAAAUUGUAUUGAAACGCAAUAAAAAUAUAAUGGACGACUGACAAAUAACUAUUCACAGAUUUAUUUGUCGUUAGUGAAUUAUUACUAAAUUAAUAUAAAAUUAAAAUGCCCUUCAAUAGACCGAUCUCAAAUUUACCUGUUUAUUAUUCAGUUUUUAUAAACAAAUUUAAAUUGCCCUACCUAUUUUAAUUCAAUACUUAACCUACUAAUAACAGCUAAAAUCAAAAAACAAUUAUUUAAAACAGUUUCACAAGACACAAGAGAAGCAACUGAUAAAAUUUUGUAGGUCCGGCUAUAAGACUCUGUGCCUAUCCGCCCUCUCAAAAUCGUAGAAUACGGUCGCUACCAGCAGACCUGCAGCAGGCCUGCUCGCGUAAACAGAGAGAGAUCGCACGUCAAUUCGGUGUUGGCGUCGUUCUAUUUCAGGCUACGUUUUCAAGUGCCUGACCAAGGAAGAAUAUAGAAUCUUAUACAGUACUACUGAUACUACAAGGAGCGUACAAUAAUUAUAACUACGGAGAAAAUUUUUUGGAUAUUUUUAAAAAUAAUUUGGAUAAUUUUUGCUAUUUUAUUGUAGGUAUUGUGUCAAAAUUUAUAAAUUACAAUUUUGAAAUAAGUAAUUUAUAUUAAUAAUUUAUAUUAUUGUACUACAUUUGAAGAGGGUAGGCGGCGCCUACCUUGCCUACCCCGACGGGCCGCCCCUGCCUAACAUAUUUGUUGGACAAACAUUUUUUCAUAUAUUACACAAAGUUUGCUAUGGAAUAAACUUAAACAGUUAAAACAGAAAAACAACCUGUUAGUUUUCAUAAUCAUAAACUUGUCAGGAUGGCACGUUCCACAAUUAAAAUUUCUCCUGUUCCAGUGUUCCCGUACAUUAAAGUUUGUCCGACUAGACACCGGUAAGCUAUUAACAAAUUUUCAGCUUGCUAUUAAUAAACUUUUUUUGGUACGCGGGAUCCAGGCCUAAUAUUUUCCAGUGUAUAUAGCCAUUCUGUAUGAGUGCUGACGAUUCCUGAGAUUGUAGGGCCCUUUUUGCAGGCCCCUUGUACAAAGGCUGCAAUGUGCAAUGUAAUUAAAAUGUCGUAGAUUUGUUGAAUGAAUGAAUAAAUUUGUUAUUUGAUUAUUUAUAAAAUGUAAAAUAGAACGUAUAGUGAUUUCCAAAAAAAAUCUAUCGUACCUUUUAUUCGAUUAUACUCUGCAUAUCGUUUGUAAUUGUUCAAACAUUUUCAACCAUCUAGUCACAAUAAAAUUAUCCAUAUCA